UUUGUCAAUUGAAAUUUAAGAGAGAAGGCAAAAGAUCUCCUCAAUCAAGCGAUUGUUCUUGUUCUCGAGCAUAAUGGAAAAGGCUUAUUUCAAGGUGUUAUGCAUCAUGGUUUUAAUUCUGUCACUUUUUGGUAGCGAGAGUAAUAAUAUUGGAGUGGAUGGCGCUAACAUAAGCCAACCUUGCAAAACUGAUGCUGAUUGCCUGGCCCCACCGGGAGCAUGUGCUUGCAACGUCGAAAUCCGCCAAUGCUUCUGCCCACCGCCCAAACAAGAACAGAAUCCAGAGAUCCCCAUCCAAGCUUCCAAGAGCGUCCAAGAAGGCAAUUAAAUGUAAAAAAGAGUUCAAAAUUAUGCAUGAGCAGAUCUCAAAAUAAUUCAUGUGUAAAAUGCUCAUUAUCAGAGGCAAACAAUAAAAUAAAAACUUCGGAGUAGACUUUCCUUUAACCAGACUUGCUUCUAUCUCGAUUUUUAUAGUAAAAGUAGUGUCUUCCGAU